AUGGCCUCUCCUAAAGUCGCGCUCGCCGCCAUGGCCGUCAUCGUCGCCGUGGCCGCCUUGCUCCCGGCGACGGCCUCCACGGCGUCGUACACGGUCGGCGACGACUCCGGGUGGGACGUCGGGGUCGACUACCGCGCCUGGGCCAGCGGCAGAAAGUUCAGAGUCGGCGACACCCUCGAGUUUUUGUACUCGUUGGGGGAGGCCGAGCACAACGUGGUGUUGGUGGACGCGCAGAGCUUCGCGGCGUGCACCGUGCCGAGCAACGCGCCGACGCUGACCACCGACGACGACAAGGUGUCGCUGACGCAGGCCGGGCAGUGGCUCUUCAUCUGUGGCAUCGAGGGCCACUGCCAGGACGGCAUGAAGCUCGCCGUCAACGUCCACUGAUCCACUGUCGAUCAACUGGAGGAGCAGCCACUGCAACCCUGACUCCCGGGAAUAAAGUCUUCAGAGUUACACCCUCUGUUCCUCAAUGUAAAGACUUUUUGACAGUUUAAAUUAAAAAUGUCAGAACGUCUUAUAGUAUUUAGGAACAGAGAUAGUAGACUACAUUGUAGUAGUAGCAUUACGCAAUUCCAGCCAGUGCUUGGGUCCCGGCUCAGUUUCCCUGUUGAAUUCAACUGCCUUAUG